GCUUGAAAUUAAGGGAGGAGGGAGGCUUUCAUUUCAUUGGGAGUGGGACAACAAAACCCAACAUGUUGAUGCGGUAUAAGAAAAUGUAAUGAAGUAAAGCUGUUUUUAAAUUAUGUAAUAUUUCUUAGACUUUAGAAAACAUUCAAUUAGUUUUUUUUUCUAUAGAAUUUUUUUAAUAGUUGAAAGUAUAGUUUUUAAAAUGGAUGAACGUUUCAGUCGCUAUGAGAAGAUAGAAUUUCUUGGUGAAGGACAGUUUGCAACUGUUUACAAAGCCAGGGAUACUGAAACUGACGAUAUUGUUGCCGUGAAGAAGAUCAAACUGGGGAGUUUAGCAGAAGCCAAGGAUGGCAUCAACAGAACCGCCCUUAGAGAAAUCAAAUUGCUGCAGGAACUCAAUCAUCCCAACAUCAUAGGAUUGCUUGAUGUGUUCGGCCAGAAGUCGAACGUGUCGCUGGUUUUCGACUACAUGCACACCGACCUGGAGGUGAUCAUCAAGGACCAGAGCAUUGUGCUGACACCGGCACACGUCAAGGCCUACAUGCUGAUGACGCUGCGUGGCCUCGAGUACUUGCACAACCAGUGGAUCCUGCAUCGCGACUUGAAGCCCAACAACCUGCUCGUCAACAGCGCAGGUCUGCUCAAGAUCGGCGACUUUGGGCUGGCGCGCUUCUUCGGCUCGCCCAACCGCAUUUACACGCAUCAGGUGGUCACCAGGUGGUACAGGUGUCCAGAGCUGUUGUUUGGCUCGAAGAUGUACAACACAGGUGUGGACAUGUGGGCGCUGGGGUGUAUACUGGCCGAGCUGCUGUUACGAGUUCCCUUCCUGCCGGGUGAAUCCGAUUUGGAACAGCUGACACGCAUCUUCCAGACUCUGGGCACGCCUACCGAACAGUCAUGGCCGGGCGUGAAAGGACUGCAAGACUACAUCCAGUUCAAGUCGUUUCCCGGCACCCCCCUCAACCACAUCUUCAUAGCAGCCAGCGACGACCUCUUGGACCUGAUUGGCCAGCUGCUCUCCAUCAACCCCGUCUACCGACUAAACUGCCAGCAGGCACUCAAGAUGCCCUACUUUAGCAAUAAGCCGGCUCCGUCGACUGGGGCUCAGCUGCCACUUCCCACUGCUCUUUCAUCGAGAGAUGCUGAGAGGGCGCUGAGAAAACGAAAAAUAGAAGAUAAUAUUGAACGAGGUGUCCAACCGAAACGCCUCCAAUUCGAUACAAGCUGGUGAAGAAUUUCAAUAGUUACAUAGGAACUGAUAACAAAUUGAUUAUUAGCUUUUGAAACAUAGUACUCAACAAAUAUAUCGAGUGAAAUGUGAAUCAUGUGAAAUGAACCAUAUACGAGUGAUAUUAUAUUAUAAAUUGAUACAUUUAAUUGGUGAUUGGGUGAUGUUCUAAAGUGAAAUCUCAAGCUUAAGGAGAUGAGAGACAUUGGAAAUUGCGGGGCGGUUUAAAUGUUUGAAUAAGCCUCCAAGAUAAGCAGGACUAGGACAAAUUUACU